AUGGCACAAACUACCUUCACUGCGGAGCCAGAGUCCUUCGACGGCAGUCAUGACACAGAGCAUUCAAGCAUCCAGAUCCCUAUAACCGCACAAAUAGGGGGGCUGGAACCAGUGCAGCAGCAGCCAUGGACUGAGGAUAUGUGGGCCAGCGGUAUUCUGAAACGAGACUGUAUUCGGGACGCCACAACAAGACUCGACAAGCGUUUAUUCGAUUUCGUCGCCGUGGCUACCCCAGAUGAGCGUGAGUUGCUCGACUACAGCCGUAGAAGAGUGCUAGAUAUUAUUGAGAUUGCGAAAAGCGAACAUGAAAAGCACCUCGCCAAUACGUCCUCCAGUAUUACUCCUAGCCUUGCUGAGCGAGUUAAAAAAGGCUGGCAGGCAACCGCUGAGGUUGCAUACGAGUACACUCAAAUGCUUGAUGUAAUGGUGGGGCAAGCACCGGAGUAUAUUGCACUUGCCUACGGAGCCAUCAAGAUUUUGUUAGUUGUUCAGAUCAACAACGAGGAACUCAAACGCAAUGUCGAAGACUAUAUGGAGCAAAUUUUGCUAAAAUUCAAACUCGUCGACCACCUUACCUGUUAUAUCCCCGCGUCAAAUAUUGUUACCGGAGUUGCCCGAGCAUAUAGCCUCUUUUAUCGCUUUUUAGCAAAAGCAGUCAAAUACUAUACCCAGAGUCGAUUGAAAACUUACUUGAAAGCGUUCACCAAGCCGUGGAAGCGCUUCCAGGAUCUUGUUGACAGUAUUGAGCAGACACUCUCCAAUAUCAAAGAUGCAGCCCAAUACCACGGUCUUAUUAAAAGCCAUAUGGGCAUGGUGUUUGGCCAGAAGAACUUGGCUAUUUCGCAAACUAACAGCAUAAAACUUGAGCAGACGCUUGGACUGAUACAGGAUCUGCAUUCGCAGAUGCAGGCAAUUUCAAUCAGGUUCUCGAAAGAGAAGGACAUCCGGCAAACAGCCGAUGUCUUAAUGCAACGUACUAAGGAAAAGCUCAACGAACCAACCGCUGAAAUUACUGAUUUACCUUCAGUUCCAGGAGUAGCUCCCGAAGUCACGUCUACGUCCAGCUCGUCGCCUCCCAACAUACUCGAUGACUUACACGGCACACUUUUCGCUGAGCUUCAACAUUUCAACGACGAUGCCGCCCGGAGGAAGCGUUCCAUUGAGGAAAUACCUGAAAUGCGUGCUCAGCGCUCGGAAAACAGGAACUUCAUGAAGUCUGAGAAAGCUUUGGCUUGGGCAGAGUCAAACAAGUCACAACUUCUCUGGGUUGACGGCAAUAAAAUUCUCAAUAGAACGGAGUUCAAUGCUUCGUUCGCAUUUCCUUUGCUCCUCAUUGGGGAAAUGAUGAUGCAAGCUCUUCUCUUCGACUUGUUCAUACAACAUCCAUUUGUUUAUAAGAAAAAGAAAGAAUAUAUCACCAGAGACCAGACUUGUAACACCAACAGCCUCUGGGAUUUACUUCUAGCAUGCCUUGACGAAAUUCAAGCGCACUGUAUCUUCAUUGUCAUUGGCAGCAUCGAUCAUCUUACUGACACUAAUACAAUUGCCGAAGACGUGAGAGAGAGCGUUAUAAGCCGAUUCAAGGCUCUCAUAAACGACAAAAACAGACUCGUCAAGAUUCUCUUUUCUACGAGUCUCGCACAACCGUCUGAGGCAACAAUUGAAGCCCUCUCCUCGCUUAUAGGUUUCCGAUCUUCGCAAAACCCAAAACGAACAUUGUCACUAGAUGCUAUGCAGAAUAACCUGCCGCUGAUUUCUCAUCAAUUAAUAGAGAUCCAGGAGAAGAGUUGCAAAAGUGUCAAAUUCACUGAAAUACCAAUGCUAUAUACCCCUGGGAUCCUAAUCUACGUCGGAGAUGGGAAUCAACGUCGAGCGUUUGUGGUAUCUGAGCUAAGCGGGAUGGACCCAAGGCCUUAUGGUGCUUUUGGACCUCUGUGCAUCCGUGCCUGGUCUGUUGAUCACAAUGGAGUAUAUUUCUGCAAGCAGUACCAUGACUUUACAGUUCCUCAAUUUCCUGGGCGGAGAGAUAUUGCACAGUUAAAGUAUGUGCCUACUGGGUACUUACCUGAUGAAUCGGCACGACGCAAGGAAAUAAUGAAACGUGGACGUAUAUACUGGUCAUUGGGCAGCCGUAUGCAUCACAUGCAAGUGAAGGGAACGCGCCCAAGUCACGUCAUUAUUGACCAAUGUCGCCGACCAAUUGAACCUUCACAGCUAGAGCAAUUUACCGAGCAAUUUCUCUCAUUAUCCGAGACCAAUUUGAAGCCUCGUUUCUUGAUGCUGUGUCCCCCAGAAAUAUCCGUAUAUAGCCUCCAGGACAUGAGGUGGACAAAGACACAUCUAGAGAGCAUUUACCCUUUGGAACAAGCCCAAGAUGCAUUUGCAAAUCUUGUAAUUCCAUCUGAUCAGAAGGACAUGUUACGGGCCUCCCUUGGCUCAUUUAGUAAACAAAUGAAUCCCCUAGAAGUCUCAGAAUUUGAGUCUCCGACAAAUAUAACCAGCCAAAAUGGCCUCAUUAUCCUUCUACAUGGUGCUCCUGGGACGGGAAAGUCCAUGACUGCUCAGUGCCUAGCCGACAUGGUGGGGCGACCAUUAUUGCCAUUGAGUGCUGGAAGAAUCGGGGCCACUGCUCUAGAGAUCCAAGAUAGCCUAACAGAGGCCUUUCAAAUGGCGAACCAAUGGGGCUGCAUCGUUUUGAUCGAUGAUGCAGACGUUUUUCUAGAACAAAGGGCAUUAUCGGAUAUGCAGAGGAAUUCGGUCGUUGCAGUUCUAUUGCGAGCACUAGAAUAUUACGAAGGGAAGUUCAGCCGCUUAAAUCUCUUCUUUUGUACGCGACUCAUGGUCAAUGCAGGUGUUCUCAUCCUUACUACCAAUAGAAUCGGUACCCUCGACGAGGGGUUCAAAUCACGAAUCCAGCUUGCCCUUCACUUCGAGCCCCUUGACAGGUUACAGCGGAAGGCGAUCUGGAUAAACUCCUUCAAAUAUCUUAAGGACCUGAACAUACAGCCUGUUGAUUUUGAGGAUUUAGAUAACUACAUUUACGAACUGGCAGAUCAGCAAAUGAACGGGCGGGAGAUUCGCAAUGCGAUCAGGACCGCGCGGCAAUUUGCUCAAUUCAAAAGGGAAAAAUUGAAUUUUGCACAUUUUCAUCAUGUCUUUCGGUUUACAGGCAACUUUGAAAAGUACAUGAAGGAAAUGAAUGGGGGGUUUUCGGAUGGUGAGCUGGCAAGGGAUAGUAUGCUCAGAUGA